GCUGAGAGUCGCGAGGACGUCGUGUAGUAGAAACAAGUCCAUUCACAACACACAGAGAUCUGAAGCACAAACACAGGAUUUAUUUUAUAAAUAUUAAAGCUUUUGUUUUUCUCUGACAAUCUUCUCCUGUCUAACUAUGUGUCCGGGUAAUAAUUACUGAUCCUGCUGUUGUGGUGUCAGGACGCUUUAAACGUUUAAAGAGUCAGACCAUGAACUACGUGGGGCAGUUGGCAGGGCAGGUGUUUGUGCAGGUGAAGGAGCUGUACCGCGGCCUGAACCCGACGACGCUCUCCGGCUGCAUCGAUGUCAUCGUGGUGCGUCGUCCCGACGGCUCGCUGCACUGCUCGCCCUUCCACGUCCGCUUUGGCAAGAUGGGAGUGCUGCGCUCACGUGAGAAAGUGGUGGACAUCGAGGUGAACGGAGAACCCGUGAGUCUGCAAAUGAAGCUGGGAGACAGCGGAGAGGCUUUCUUCAUCAUGGAGUCCGACGAUCGGGAAGUGGUGCCCUCGUACCUGGCCACAUCCCCCAUCCCGUCGCCUGCCUCCGACCAGGGCCUGGGUGUCGAGUGCGGCACGACGAAGCGCAGGAGGAAGAGGAGGAGGAAGUCUAAAGGGGACAGCUUGAAGAGAGAGACGAACAGAGAGUACUCUAAGUGUGAAAGCGUCUACGCCACCGACCUGAGAUCACACGAGGGAGACGAUGAGCACGACAGAAUUUCUUCAAAGGAACCAGUGAAUUGUUACACACACAAUGCUGUGUAUACCUGCUCUGAUGGUGACUUGUCACCAGUACAAAGCCCUAAGGUCUCUCGCCCUUUCUAUCCUACGAGUGACUCUGAGCUCGUCACUAAAGCCGGUGUGGAGAAGCAGGAGGAUCGAGCCAUGCUGUGGGCCUGGGGAAAGCUGCCUCAGCCGUCCUUCCUGUCAUCUAAACCUGACCCUCCUCCUGCACGUCACUUCCCCAUUCCUGUUUCCGACAACACACACUUUAGAGUCAUCUCCACCGGCCAGGCUGCUGAUGAUCAUUGCUUUGGUGCUGGUGAAACAUCCCUACACCAGUUCUCUCCUGUGGGGAGGACAGAGACGGGAGACGCAGGACAUCUGAGCCACGAGACAAUGGGAACGCCGAACAGCUUUAAAGAAAGGAAUCCAGAAAUGACUAGAAAGGAGGCGGAGACAGUGGCCAUGUUAGCAGCAUGUCAGGUGUCAGAUGUUGGGGAAAGGGGUGUGGCCAGCGUAGGGUCCCGCCCACAGGGCAAAACUGAUUCACCUUCCAAGAGAAAAGAUAAGAGGAGCUGCCAUCUUGGCUCUGACGGUGUGUAUCUUGAUGAGAUCACAGAGCUGGGGCCGGAAGUAGCGGCACUUUACUUUCCAAAAAGUGAGCACAGUGGCGUAGGGCAGGUGUCUUGCGAGGGCACUUUAAGAAGCAUGAGCACGUCUCCUCCAUCCGUGGGAAGCUCGGGAGCAGACAGCGGCGUGGACAGUUACGCUGAUCAGCCCACUGACUUGUCCUCUAUCUCCGUGUCCCUGUGUGGUGGACUGACUGACAGCCAAAAGAUCAGUAAAGAGCACUUUCAGGAGAAGGUCCUUUCCUACCAGCAGUUUGCAGAGAACCCCAAACUGAUAGACGACCCCAACCUGGUGGUCAAAAUCGGCUCCAAAUACCACAACUGGGGCACGGCUGCACCCAUCCUGCUGGCUAUGCAAGUCUUUCAGAAACCACUGCCUAAGGCCACCGUAGAGAGGAUCAUAAAGGAGAAGAUGCCGAAGAAAAGACGGUGGUGGUUCUCAUGGCGCGGGAGAGGGAGCAGCUCCACAACGGAUUCUACAACAGUGAACGGACCCUCAGGAGGAGCAGAGCAUGCUGGGAAGAUGGCAGCCAUCAACAGGCGUAACGGUGAAUCCUCCUCCAGUGAUGAAGAAUAUCAAUCAAACAUACAGACGGACAGCUCCAGCCAAUCAGAGACCUCACUUAGCCAAGGGGGCGUGUCUUACAAGAAGACGCUCCGCCUCACAUCCAAACAGCUGGCCAGCUUACAAUUAAAAGAUGGCCCCAACGAGGUGGUGUUCAGCGUCACCACUCAGUACCAGGGCACGUGUCGCUGUGAGGGAACCAUCUACCUGUGGAACUGGGAUGACAAAAUCAUCAUCUCCGAUAUCGAUGGCACCAUCACCAGAUCAGACACACUGGGACACAUCCUGCCCACUCUGGGGAAAGACUGGACACAUCAAGGCAUCGUACGACUCUUCCACAAAGUCAGCCAAAAUGGCUAUAAGUUCAUGUACUGCUCAGCGAGGGCGAUUGGGAUGGCGAACAUGACCAGAGGAUAUUUACACUGGGUGAAUGAGAGCGGCUCUAUGCUGCCUCAGGGCCCCGUACUGCUCAGUCCCAGCAGCCUUUUCUCAGCACUGCACCGGGAGGUGAUUGAGAGGAAGCCGGAGAAGUUUAAGGUGGAAUGUUUGAUUGACAUUAAGAACCUGUUUUUUCCAAACACACAACCUUUCUAUGCUGCCUUUGGAAACAGAGCGACGGAUGUUUACUCCUAUAAGGAGGUGGGAGUUCCCCUGAACUGGAUCUUCACUGUCAACCCAAAAGGAGAACUGGUGCAGGAGCAUGCCAAGACCAACGUGUCCUCGUACAUGCGUCUGGGUGAGGUGGUGGAUCAUGUCUUCCCCCUGCUGAAGAGAAUGGGCACGUCAGAUUUUCCCUGCAGCGACACGUUCAGCCACUUCACCUUCUGGAGAGAGCCACUCCCCCUGGUGCACGGACAGGAGUCUGCAAGCAUGGCCAAGAGAUGAAACACACACACAACACAGAACACACACACACACACACACACAUAUAUAUAUACACAGCUAUUUUAAAAAAACAAAAACGUUUGCACAUUUGUUUUAUAUCACACUAGGUAUUUCAUCCCCUUUUUUUUUGGCGCGCCAAAGCAUCCUGGACUCUGAUUGGCCGCAGGUCACGGGUUUCAUACUGACGCACUUUAACGUUAAUGUAUCAUCAUUUACAUAUGGAAGGAGUCUCCAGUGUCAGCGCUUCGUAACCGUCCCGGUUUUCACACUCGGCUUUACCGAGUCUCGGUUACAUGACAAGUUCCUUUUUUUUUUGUUUUUUUCCUCCUAACCUCAUUAGAAAGGAAAAAAGAUAGGAGGGGGGGGGGAUGAGGAAAAAAAGGUUUAUAGCUGCUAGAACCAACAAUUGUGAUCGUCAGUGAAAACACUGCACUGUAACACUGUUAUAGGAAAACAGUCAAACUCCUUACACGGAACGCCGGAGAACGGAAUCGUGGGAUAACAUUUUUUUUCUGAGAAAAAGCAAAAAAAGGGACACAUAGAAUGCUGCUAUAAAAUCUGUCCAAAGCUGAUGACUCGGUGUUUAUUACACCACAAAAAAAAAGGAUGCUACAGUUCUACGGUGUAACUUUUUUAUAAUGUAUUUAUUCGUAACUCGCUGCUUUAGAGCUCAAUUCCAGCUGAAUUCCAGCUGAUCUAUGUAAUGAAAAGCUCAAAGAUUGUUACUGAGUAUUUCUUACUGAAAUAAAUCAUAUGCACAGUAUAUAAGAGGUACACUGGCACUUUAAACAGCUAUAAAAAGAAACACACACACACACACACACACACACAGCACGUGUCUCAGUGAGCUGCUGUAGAGAUGAUUAUAAUAGGGCCUAUUUUAUUUCUCUAUUCUCACGUCUCACUGAUGACGUCCUGAAGAUGUCUUCGCCUUCAGUAAGACACCGGACCUCUGGACAUUCUGAGGGUCUAAUCAGAGGUGGGAAUACACUCUGGAUGUCCACACACACAUUCACACUCCCUUUCACAUCCAGAAUAGAACUUAAACAAUCCACCCGCUGGCGUGUUAUUUGGAGGUGAGGAGAAACCGGAGAACCCUGAAGAAGAGAAGAGAGUAACCCGAGCUCAGGGUGGAACUCUGGGACCGUCUGGAAUAAAGCUGUUACAUAACAAACCAUUCUGAUUAAUAUAUCAUGAUAAAAAAAAAUAAAAAUAAAAUCUGGCGUCUGUGCACGUGACACGUCCUCUCACACCCAGGUGCUCGUAGUGGAGCUCUGUGAAGCAUCACCAUCUUAUAAAGAUACGAGGUUUACUUUCCUUUUAUUCUUUACUUUUAUUCACAAUCAAGCUUUUAAAUCAGACUUUAUCUUGUUGUAUGACGUCUGUUACGGUUAUUCUUUCUGUGAAAGAUCAGCACAUUUCACACUGGAUCGUCGUCUUCUCGGGUCCAGCUGCUGGUUUUAUCAGUUUUACUGCUUCUGACUUUCUUUCUACUCAGUAAAAUAAACAGAUUUGAAGCUGAA